UUUUGAUACCUAAAUGAAAACGUCAAAAAUAGUCACGGGAAGUCAAAAUUUGUGAACCAAUAUUUGCUGCAAAACGAUUAGGAACAUUUUCCAUUUCAGUCGAUAUUGUAGCUUGUAUUUGUUUGAAAUUUUUCAGAAUGGCCGAUGAUUUGCAAAACUAUAAACUCCAGCUACAACAGGUGGAAGCUGCGUUACUUACGGAUCCGGAAAACUUGGAACUUCUCAAGCUUAAGCAAGAUUUGGAGGAAGUCAUUGAUUUGACGAAGGACUUGAUUCGAGCACAGCAGGAGGCUGAAUUAAAAAAAAGUGCAUACGUAGAGCCUGCUAGCACGAGCUACUUUGACGCAUUCUCCGCGGCAGAAAAGAAACCCUAUAAACCCACCGUUAUUUGGAAAGUUGGGGACAAGUGCUCGGCCAAGUGGAUUGAGGAUGGGCAAUACUACGACGCAACAAUCGAAGCAAUUACUGACAACGGAGAGGUCAGCGUCGUGUUCGAUGCUUAUCAGAACAGAAGUACCACAGUUAUACCGGAACUGAAGGAAAGAAAAAUCCGUAAUGAAGUAUUUCCGACGAAUAGUAACAAACGGAUGCGACCUAACCAGAAAGAAUAUCUCAAGAAAAAGAAACAAAAGAAACAGCAGCGUUUCAAAGAGCUUGAAGAGGAACGAGAAUCAGAGAAAAACAAAUGGCUUCAAUUUGCGGCGAAAAACACUAAAAAAACGGGUGUGAAAUGUAAAAGUAUAUUCGCCUCACCUGAAAACGUGAAUGGACGGGUCGGCAUUGGAACCUGUGGUGUGUCGGGUAAACCGAUGACCGAGUUUACUCACGGGGAAAAGUAUCGUAAAGGCGUUUAGACAUUAAUCGUACAUUUUCUAUGUAAUACUGAACGGAUAUUUUGCGGAACCCUGGGUAAUCUUGGGGUCUAGGCGAAAUAUUUCUCUCCAUUUUUAGCUGUUAAUCACAUGAAAUUAAAACGAAUAUCUUUAGAACAACAGUACAA